AUGACAAACUUGCACAAUGUAUCAAACACCGAAGCACUAGAAUCUCCAAUUGACCAUAUCGAGGCUGCAGCAUCCGUUGAGCACUUAGACAACCCAUCACAUGGUAUGGAUGGUGCUAUUAUUGCUAACAUUAACCAGCCAAUGUCAUCACACUCCAUAAGUUCGGGCAUAGAUGAGUGGAUUACAGCCGUCGUUCUCGUCGAAAAGCAAAUAUUCUUUAGCAAGAAACAGUUGUACUCGAACAUUCGUGUGCUUGCUUUACAAGAGAAGUUCCAAUUUCGGCUGAUCAGGUCAAGCAUGAAAAUGUUUACUGUUGUAUGUGUGGACGAUAAUUGGAAGUGGAUGCUACGUGCUUCUACUGUCAAGCAAUCUACAAUCUUCAUGAUCCGUAAAUUCAUCAACGUUCACACAUGUUCCCUUGAUUUUCGUCGUAACGCACAUCGACAUGCCAUUAGUUCUGUAAUUUUCGAGCACAUUUUGGGAAAACUAGAUACUCCAUACCGAUCGUAUGACCCUACCGCUAUUGCACGUGAUAUGGAACGUGAGUUUGGUGUGAAAAUCAGUUACAACAAAGCUUGUAGGGAGAAGCUUUAUGCCUUAACUAUGCUACACGGUACACCAGAAGCCAGUUUCCAGAAAUUAUCUUCAUACUGCCACGUCGUAGGAGAGAGUAACCCGAUGACAUACUUGAGACCCGUUAUUUGUGUUGAUGGCAGUCACUUGAAGGGUCCAUACAAAGGUACACUUCUAGUGGCAACUGCUCAAGAUGGUAACAAACAGAUAUAUCCGUUGGCAUGGAGGAUCGUGGAUGCUGAAACCAAUAAAUCCUGGAAGUGGUUUAUGUCCAACUUGAAAGAGCUUAUAGGGGACUCCGAAGACCUCGUAUUUGUUUCAGUCAGGAAAAAGAGCAUUGACAAAGCUAUUACUCAGUUGUUUUCGUUGUCUCACCAUAGUUGUUGUAUUUGGCAUCUCGAAAAGAACGUAAUACAACGAUAUAGGAACACAAGUGCAAUAUAUCUAUUCAAACGAGUUGCUACAACUUAUCGGGUCGAGGACUUUGAAAGACUCGUGGGACAGAUUCGUAGGGUGAGCGCAAGAGCGCAUGGAGGAAAGUCUAUGUAUGACCUUUGCUCCCCUUAUUACACAUCUGAAUGCUGGAGGGGUGCCUAUAGCGAAGCUAUAUAUCCUGUUGGACGUGAAGUGAACUAG